AUGAAACUGCUUUGGUGCGUCUUUAUUGAAGAACCACAUACACGGAUAUGCAGCGUUCGGAUACCGAAUCGACCAUUAGCUGCUGUUUGCGCUUUCUUACAGCUUUCCGUAGCCCUUGCUUCCUUGUUUCAACAUGUGGUUUCCAUCUAUAGGCACAAACACGUCUUCUUGUGUCGGUCUAACAUAGCUGAGGAUGCCUCCGUAGAGGAACGAUAUUUAGCGUAUGACAUAAUCAUAUUUGAUUUUGGCCUGAUGCAUCGCGUUCUUGGGACGGAAGAAUGUGUCGCUAAUUAUCUAGACGGAGGAUACAUGCGUUUCGGAUGGUGUAUCGAACAAACUUCAGCUCUGAGUAUAGCGAUCAUUUCGUUAAUUUGUAUGCCCAAACCUCUCUGGUUACUUUGGCCAGGGUUGCUACUCCAAUCAUCUUACUCUCUAGGAUUAUCAGUAUUAACGAUGGCAACUGCUCCAAAACUCCUUGAAGCACUUGGAGGACGUGUUGAUUUGAAUCUUGCCUUAAUGUUUUCGGCUUACAUAUUUGGGUUCUGCUUCAAUUGGAUAUUCACAUUUAUACUUUGGCAUCAUUACUGGCAUCUUGAACGACGUUAUGCUCCACCUAAAAUUAAACGAGGAAGAUCAUUUAAGGCACCAAACGUUGCCAAUGUCUGA